UUCUCCCUUCAAUUUCUAAGGAGAAUAUGUAAGCCCUGUGUUUUUCUACACCUCUCAGUAGUAGUUUUCCCCACAGAAAAAAACGAAUUAGUUUGACCUCCUUUGCUACCAGUAUUCCAGGGAAGAAGACUGUCUCGUAAAGGGAAUGGAUGCAUUAAUUCUCUGAAGAGCUGCAGUCGCAUCCCCCCCCCCCCCGUCAUCAUCCCCAACUCUUGUUCUCGUCUCGGCGUCGGUCCACACGGCAGCUCUCACCAUGACAACAUUUGACUUCUCGGAUGUAGAAGCGUUUCUGGACCGCCACCCGGACCUCUUCGAGGAGUACCUCGUUCGAAAAGCCAAAUGUGAGCAGGUUAGCAGAUGGUUGAAGGAGCACCAGCCGUUGAAAGUGUCCGCGGCCGACGAGAAGCGCGCCGCGGCCGCCAGGGACCCGCCGUGGACGAGCAACCCGGACGGGCUCCGGCGCAGAUCGUCCCACAUGGAGCUGCGACGGAACUUCGCGCGGUCCAAAGCCUCCACCGCGAACCGGACCUACGACGAGCACGUGAGUCUCAGCGAACACGCGUCGCAGUCCAGCGUGAGGCGCCGCGCGCUCCUGCGUAAAGCCAGCUCGCUGCCUCCGACCACCGCGCACAUCCUGAGCGCCCUGCUGGAGUCCAGGGUCAACGUGCCCCAGUACGCCUCCAGCGCCAUCGACUACAAAUACAGGCUGAAGGAAACCAACGAGAGGGAGUUCUUCUUGGAGUUAGUGAAGGAUAUCUCCAACGAUUUGGACCUGACGAACCUCAGUUACAAGAUCCUGAUUAACGUGUGCAUCUUGGUGGAUGCGGACAGGUGUUCGCUCUUCCUCGUGGAGGGGCCCGCGCACAAGCGGACACUUGUAUCCAAAUUCUUUGACGUUCACUCUGGCACCACUGUGAGGCCGUCAUCCAGCACCCUCAACUCCAAUGAAGUGCAGGUGCCCUGGGGGAAGGGCAUCAUUGGAUAUGUGGCAGAGCACGGGGAAACUGUAAACAUCCCAAACGCAUACGAGGACCACCGCUUCAGUGAUGAGAUAGACAAGUUGACAGGCUACAAGACUCAGUCCAUCCUCUGUAUGGCCAUCUGUAACAGUGAUGGGGAAGUCAUAGGUGUUGUACAAGCAAUCAACAAAAAUCCCAUGGGCACUCCCUUCACUGAGGACGAUGAGAAGGUUCUGCAGAUGUAUCUGCCAUUCUGUGGGAUAUCGAUUUCCAAUGCCAAGUUGUUUUCGGAGUCUCGCAAGGAGUAUGAAAGGAGCAGGGCUCUGCUGGAGGUGGUCAAUGACCUGUUUGAAGAGCAGACCGACCUGGAGAAGAUUGUCAGGAAGAUCAUGCAGAGAGCGCUGACCCUGCUGCAGUGUGAACGCUGCUCUGUGCUCCUCCUCGACGACAUUGACUCACCUGUUGUGAAGUUCUCCAAGACGUUUGAACUCAUGUCUCCCCUGUGCAACAUGGACCGUGACAUCAGCAUGGAGAAGCUUUCAUGCUCUGAUUGGCUGAUCAAUAACAGCAUUGCCGAGCUGGUGGCUUCCACAGGACUGCCUGUGAAUAUCAGCGAUGUGUGUCAGGACCCACGAUUUGAUGCCGAGGCGGAUCAGGCGUCAGGAUUUCACAUAAGAUCAGUGUUAUGUGUACCCAUCUGGAACCGGACUCAUCAGAUAAUUGGAGUUGCACAAAUUCUGAAUCGCCUGGACAGGAAAACGUUCAACGAUGCAGAUCAGAGACUGUUUGAGGCGUUUGUGAUAUUCUGUGGACUUGGAAUCAACAACACUAUGAUGUACAAUCAAGUUAAGAAGACCUGGGCCAAGCAGUCAGUGGCCCUGGAUAUGUUGUCCUACCAUGCCACCUGUUCCAAGGUGGAAGUUGACAGACUUAAGGCAGCAAAGAUCCCCCUGAGCAGUGAGUUAGGCAUCGACGAGUUCCACUUCAACGACUUCUCUUUGGACAACGACGCUAUGAUCACUGCAUCGCUCCGGAUGUUUCUGGAACUGGGUGUCGUACAAAAGUUUAAAAUUGACUACGAGGUUUUAUGCCGCUGGCUUUUGACUGUGAGGAAGAACUAUCGAACCGUGGCGUAUCACAACUGGAGGCACGCCUUCAAUGUGUCGCAGUGCAUGUUCGCCAUGAUCACAACAGCCAGUUUCCGUGACGUCCUCACGGAGGCUGAGAUACUGGCGCUGAUGGUCGGCUGUCUAUGUCACGACUUGGACCACCGGGGCACCAACAACGCAUUUCAAGCCAAGACAGGUUCUGCUUUGGCUCUGCUCUACGGGACAUCAGCCACCCUGGAGCAUCAUCACUUCAACCACGCAGUCAUGAUCCUGCAAAGUGAGGGUCACAAUAUCUUUGCAAACCUCUGCUCAAAAGAGUACAGCAACAUGAUGCAAUUAUUGAAGCAGGCUAUUCUCUCUACGGACCUUACUUUGCAUUUUGAGCGCAGAACCAAGUUCUUUGAGUGUGUUCUGUCGGGGGAAUUCAGCUGGACAGAUGAAGGACACAGAGAAGUUCUCAGGUCCAUGCUGAUGACGGGCUGCGAUCUGGGCGCAGUCACUCGUCCCUGGAAGAUCUCCAAACAGGUUGCAGAGCUGGUGACGAGUGAAUUCUUUGAACAGGGUGACAGAGAGAGGUCUGAGCUUAAGUUGACCCCCGCGGCCAUAUUUGACCGUAAUCGCAAAGAUGAACUACCAGUCUUACAGCUGGAGUGGAUAGAUGGGAUAUGUAAACCCCUCUAUCAGGCAAUGCUGAAGCUAAACAGGAAGUUGCAGCCGAUGGUCGAUGGAAUGGAUGCCAAUCGAAACAAAUGGCAGGAGCUCUGCUCUAACUUUCAGGAAACGCACAGAACCUCAGUGUCCAAUCAGAGUGAGGAAUCCGAUCAGAGUCCUCCGCCCCAUGAAGGCCCACGUACAAAUCAACACAGAGAUUCCACAGAGACUGUGGUGCCUGUGGAAAACACUACGGUUGGGUCAAAGUCUACGUAAGCAGAGUCAACCAAGGUUGACGGUAGUUUUCUCAGCCCCUGCUGGCAACAUGAUGUCUACAGGAAAGAAGUAAAGCAAGCUGAGUGUUGUGUAAAGGCUUAUCGCACGGGACUCCCUACAUACCCUGGGAUUUUCCAACACAUAUCCAUGACCCUAAACUAUUUUUACAAAUCUGGACAUUUUCUUCUCUCAAAUGUCCUUGUAAACUAGGGAGCUCUAUUAUUCAUGGUGAUCAAACUCUAUUCAAAGGGCAGUUUCCAAUUUCCGUCUUUCUUCAUUUUUGUCCUGUCCAUCUAUCCAUCUAUUUAUCCAUCCAUCCAUCCUUCUAUCUUUCUGUCUAUCUGGCUGCUUUUAAUUACUCAGAUGUAUAAGAUUGAGGGACUACUGUUGAAACCAAAGAAGGAAACUUACAACUCUAUUGUUUUGCAAUGGGAACUGCCUCAAUUCCAUUAGCCAAUUAGAGCGCCUUUACAAAGCCGAAAGGAAUGACUGUGAUUUCUCUCAAGUAAAAACCCAAAUUGCCAUUUUGAAUGUCGACCGGAGCAUGAUGUUGUUCCUGAAUGUUCCUCGUGGUCUUACUUCGGUUGCAAAGCUUUGUCUGCAUGGCAUUAUUUUCAAUGUUCGAUGGUUGACGAGCCUCCAGCUGUCUGAUUGUUCUGUGAAUUGCAUUUGUGUCUCAUGGAAACGUUGUUUAUCUAUGUUAAGGAAUUAACAAGAUAACAAUUAACAGACAACGUGAAAGGUCAAAGGUUAAAGUCAUCAAUAAAAUUAAUAAAUACCAAGUCAUUCCUGAAAUAGUUAUGACACAGAAUACAAAUUGUUUUGUGAGAUGGGUCAGAUUAUUUUACCGCAAAAGUAUCAUUUUGUUUUUUUUUUAAUAUUGAUUAUCAGUAAAUCAUUGAUGAAUUAUCUCUCACCUGGGUAAGACUAACACAGAACUAUAUGUCUGUGGCCUGACCUCAUUCCUGUUUGCAAAAUGUAUUGUUACACAAAUCUGUAAUGAGCAAGCAACAGCAAGGAAAACAACAAUGCUUGUCUUACUGUGAAUAGGAAGGAAAUCAGAUCAUAAACCUCUGCUUUCGUAUUAUGUGCCAGAUGAAAAAUGCUUAAAUAAAAGUUUUGAUAUAUAUAUAUAUAUAUGUAUAUGUAUAUACAUAUAUAUAUAUACCGAUUGUUUUGUGUUGUUUCAGAUUCAUCACCAAACAAUGUUUUGUUUUUCUGGGAAGCAUGUCAAUUUUAAAACUGCAUGUUUGAUGUUGAUACUGGACAUUAUCUUGAUGCCUUUUUAUGCCCUUUGAGAUCUGCUUCGCAUGAAGUCACCGUAAGGGAUAUACUAAAUAUUGCUACGUGAUAAUAUUAUUGUUGCUGCAUUAUUGUUGUUGAUAGCAGAUAACGAUUUAUAUUUUCAAUCACAGAUUAUACCAAAAUUAUACACACAUUUUACAUAGAUUGGACUCUAUAUUUAUGCAAAAUGUAUAAUUGGCAUUUUCACCUACUAUUUAUAAACUGUCCACUAAAAGGGAUAUAAUUAGACUAGAAAGUGCUACAUUUCAGAUAACAGGGAGUGAAUUAAUCAUCUAGUUUUGUGAAUAAAAGGCUUUGGCAUGGCAACUGAUUAUAUGUGAUAAUUUAUGAUUUAUGGAUUUAUUCAAAUUCCCAUUGCUGUUGUUCACGGUUAUUUAAAAGGGCUUUACAGAUAAUACAGAGGCUUAAUAUGAGCAAAACACAAGUGCAGUGGAGUACUGACUGAGCACAGAAAGAAGUCACUCUGCCUCUCUGAGUUAUCAUCCGAGCUUCUCCUUGCUUUGUUGACAUUUAGUGCAUGUUAGUGCACGUGAGCAUCACCUACUAGCCCGUGCACUGCACGGAGCUCCUCCUGCAGUUAUAGCUGACAAGACCAUCUCGACAGGCUGCACUGUCUGGCAAGCCCAUUUCACCACUUUAAAACGGGUGAACUAUCCCUUUAAGAACAGUGAACAAUAUCAAUAAAAACAAAUGCCGACUAACACUUUCCAAAUCCUCUCAUCAUGAAGAUAAAAUGAAUAAAUGAAUUAAAUGUCACCAGUUCAAAAAAUA